UUUCAGAUAGAUAAGUAGGAAACGCAAAAGGAUAGCUCUUAUCUAAAAACCGUAACGAACUCUUAUAAUGUCAUCAUUAAAAUCCAAACGCGCCAUACCAGAAAACGGGAACCAAAAAGGGAAGGAAUUCACCCCAAUGGAUUCCACCACAGCUCAACGUCGACUUAACACCAUUCAUGCCCACCUUGUUUCAGCCGUUGAAUCCGCCUUUUCUCAUUCCCACCUCCGCUCUUCCCCAACCGCUGCUGAGUUCCUCUCUGAACAGAAUUACAGUGUUGUGCUGCCAGAGAAAUUGCAGACAGGAAAAUGGAAUGUAUACAGAUCUGCUCGCUCUCCGUUGAAGCUAGUAUCGCGAUUUCCCGAUCAUCCUGAUAUUGGUACAUUGCACGACAAUUUUUUACUCGCCGUUGAUUUCUUCGGAGAUAACAAUUAUCUCGGUACCAGAAUUCGAGUCGAUGGAACGGUUGGAGAGUAUAAGUGGAUGACAUACCGAGAAGCUGCAACAGCUCGAACAGCCAUUGGUUGCGGCCUAAUACAUCAUGGAAUACUAAAGGGCUCUUGUAUUGGAUUAUAUUUCAUCAAUAGACCAGAAUGGAUCAUUGCUGAUCAUGCUUGCUCUGCGUAUUCCCUUAUAUCAGUUCCUUUAUAUGACACUCUAGGUCCAGAUGCUGUCAAGUACAUCAUAAAUCACGCGGAACUAAAAGCCGUAUUUUGCGUGCCUCAGACUUUGAAUCCUUUGCUGAGCAUUUUGUCCGAGAUUCCAUCUGUUCGUUUGAUUGUGGUGGUUGGAGGAAUGGAAAAUGAAGUGCCUUCAUUGCCAUCAUCAACUGGCAUUCAGAUUGUGACAUAUUCAAGAUUAUUAAAUCAGGGCCGUAGUUACCUUCAGCCUUUUUGCCAACCAAAACCAGACGACAUUGCUACCAUUUGCUACACCAGUGGUACAACAGGAACGCCAAAGGGAGUUGUGUUGACACAUGGAAACUUGAUUGCAAAUGCUGCCGGCUUCUCCUUAGCUGUAAAAUUUAACCCCACAGACGUUUACAUAUCGUAUCUUCCUUUGGCACACAUUUUCGAACGAUUUAAUCAGAUCAAUUUAGCUCAUUAUGGAGUUGCAGUUGGAUUCUACCAGGGGGAUAACAUGAGAUUGAUGGAUGAUCUGGCUUCUCUACGACCUACCUUAUUCUGCAGCGUCCCUAGGCUGUAUAACAGAAUUUAUGCAGGUAUUCUGAACGCUGUGAAGGAAUCGGGUACCCUGAAGGAGAGGCUUUUUAAUGCUGCCUACAACUCUAAGAAGCAAGCAAUAAUGAAUGGAAAGAGUCCUUCUCCCAUAUGGGACAGAUUGGUAUUCAACAAAAUAAAAGCUAGACUUGGAGGACGUGUUCGUUUUAUGGCUUCCGGUGCUUCACCCUUGUCUCCUGAUGUCAUGGACUUCUUGAAGAUAUGCUUUGGUGGUCAUAUAAUUGAAGGUUAUGGAAUGACCGAGACAUCAUGUGUCAUAAGUUGCAUGGAUGAGGGUGAUAUUCUUUCUGGCCAUGUUGGCUCUCCUAAUCCAGCUUGUGAAAUAAAGCUUGUCGACGUCCCAGAAAUGAACUACACAUCAGAUGACCAGCCUUAUCCUCGUGGAGAAAUCUGUGUUAGGGGUCCAAUUGUUUUCCAAGGAUAUUACAAAGAUGAAAUGCAAACGAGAGAAGUACUUGAUGAAGAUGGAUGGCUUCAUACCGGAGAUAUAGGGCUAUGGCAUACUGGUGGCCGUCUAAAGAUUAUUGAUAGGAAGAAGAACAUUUUUAAGCUGGCUCAGGGAGAGUACAUAGCUCCGGAAAAGAUUGAAAAUGUAUAUGCUAAAUGCAAAUUUAUAGCCCAAUGUUUUAUAUAUGGAGACAGCCUUAAUUCUUCAUUAGUAGCAAUUGUGUCGGUGGACCAAGAUGCUCUUAAAGCAUGGGCUUCAUCUCAAGGCAUUAAGUACAAAGAUUUAGAACAGUUGUGCAAUGACCCAAGGGCAAGAGCUGCCGUACAGGCUGAGAUGGAUGCCGUUGGAAGAGAUGCUCAGUUGAGAGGCUUCGAAUUUGCAAAAUCCGUGACGUUGGUGCUCGAACCCUUUACCAUGGAAAAUGGUCUCCUUACUCCUACAUUUAAGAUUAAGAGAGCCCAAGCAAAGGCGUAUUUUGCCAAAGCAAUUUCAAAUAUGUAUGUAGAGCUUACUACAUCUGAUUCCUCUCAUGUUAAAUAACUGUGAGAAUUGGAUGCAACUAAACAUAUGUAGAAUCCCUUUCCUCUGUAAUUAUUUGCCUCUGUAAACUAUUAGCAUAUUGAGACAAUGUCAUCUUUGUUGAAUAACAUUUAAUUUAAUUAAAUCACUAUUUAAAUUAUAA